UCGUCGCAUUCAUCAUUGUAAUCGUUGUGCGUCCUGCCUCGAUGGCAAUCAAUCAUCAAGCUGCCUUGCGCUUGCCCCUGCAUGCUCCAGAUUCAUCAUUCACCCGUCUUGCCUCCAGCCUCAUUACAAUCAAUCGCCCAUUGUAGCGUUACUUGCAACCAUUAAUUAAGAGAAGUUCACGCUUGCGCACACGCUUGCGUUACCAAGCCGAAACGUCCAAUCUUCCGCGUUCUGUUGCCCUUCUUCCGAGCAGAGCUCAUCAAUCAACGCAAUCUGGGUAGUUGGGAACAUUUGGCACCUCGGCGGUUGUGGGUUUUUGUGGAAUUUGGGAUCCGGCUGGGGUGAGAGGAGGAAGCUGUGGAUGUUGUUCAGACUUUUAUCUAAGAAUCAUCGUGUGGAGCGGGCAGCGAAGGGGGCGAAGGCAAGGUGAGGGAUGUGGUGAUUCUGAAGGUUCGGAGGAAGGUUUUGGGGACAAUUAGGGCGGAGGAGUUGAGUGGUUUCAUCAUCAGAGGGUGUAUCUUGAUACAAUAGCAGCAACGGAAUCUGAUGGGCAAUGGGAUGAGCAAAGACGAACAGCUUUAUGAAGCUGUCAAGAAUUCAAACCAUAACGCUGUUAAGUCUCUUCGCCGUGAUGGAGCGUCCUUGGAGUGGGUUGACAAAGAGGGACGUACACCGCUAAUUCUAGCUUGCACUCGCGGUGACUUGUUUGAGAUGGUCUUGACACUUCUUAAUCUUGGAGCCAAUAUAAAACAUUAUCGGCCAGGAACUUAUGGGGGCUACCCUCUUCAUCAUGCAGCCAAGCGUGGUCUUGACAAGACAGUCUUGCUUCUUUUAUCACGUGGUGCUGAUCCGUUAGCUGUUAAUGACGACUCUCUUACACCAUUAGAUAUGGCUCGCAAUCGAGGCCACGUGUCUGUGGUCCGCAUGAUUGAGGAUCGAAUUUGCACAUUCAGCGGAUUGCUGCGGGAGAUGUCUGGACCUGGGUUUUUGGAAGCCCUUGCGCCUAAUUGGGUGACCAAGAAAAUUUGGGCUGUAAUUUUGCCAACGGAGACGGACCCCAGGCGAACUCGUAAGUUUGAACUUGUUAUCUACCAGUCACCGAAGGUGAGCCUUUGGAAUGGAGGGGUUUUGUCACCUCCGGGUCAUGUCGCGGGAUCCUACAAUGUUCCCGUCCCACGGACAAUCAUCUCAUUGUCAAAGGCCGAAAUAGAGGAGCUUGAUUUAAGCUUAGCAGACCCAGUUGUAAUCAUCUUGGAUCGAAACACUAAAACAAAAUACAAGUUCUUAGCAGAAUCAGAGGGUGAUAAGGCUCAACUGGAACGGUUCUAUAAGGCUUGCAAGGGCGUUCCUCAGGUUGCCCCUACACCAAGUGGAUAUCCUAGUGCCCCGCAAGCUGUUCUCCAAGGGUUGACAGCGCUCACUCACUCUAUUGCCCAACCUCAAGCACAACAACCAGCAGGUGCUUCUCCAGCAACUGCUCAUGGUCCUGCUUCUCAAAGUGUCAGGAACCCUGCAGAGUUAUCAGAGGAAGCUGCUCUGAAGCUGGCUAUCGAUGCCUCCCUACGUACUGCUACUCUUGAAGGGAUCUCAGUGGAUCAUCUUACAGAUCCUGAUGAUUUAAUCAAUGAAAAUACCGGCCAUUCUCAGUAUGGUGGAUGGGGUUCUGCUAAUGAGGCAGGACCUAGUCGCGUUUCGGAAUUGUCCGAGGACCCUUCUGAAGUUUCAGGAGUUCUUAGUGAAGCAUCCCCAAGCUCAACUAUUCCUCCUCCUUCUGCUCCUCCACUCCCCAUCCGAUAUCCAUCUAUUGAUAUUCCCUCUGCAGAUUCACGAUAUUCUGCUGUGGCAGCAUCGGUAUCAACAUCUAAAGCCGAGGAAAAGGAAAAUGGGGGCCAGUGUGUUGUCUGCUGGGAUGCCCCAGCUCAAGGUGUGUGCAUCCCUUGUGGUCAUUUGGCUGGUUGCAUGGAGUGUUUGUCAGAAAUCAAGGCCAAAUCCUGGGGUUGUCCUGUUUGCCGGGCUGCUAUUGAUCAAGUUAUUAGAGUUUAUGCGGUUUAGUGUUACUAGUUAAUCUGGGUAUUCAGUGUACAUAAAGUUGAAGCGGGAUUUAGUUCAUUGGUGCAAAUAGCUUGGAAAUAGGAUUCAAGUUUGUUCGCAGUAGGCUUCCUCUUAUACAUUAAUGGUCGAAAUGUCAAGAGUAAUGAACCAUAGAGAAUAUCGUAAUUCAUGGAUUUUUCAAGUCAUUUGAUGUAGAUGAUUUAUAGAGACUGGAUGUUGAAGGGCUUGAACAAACCGCAAAACAGUAGAGAGAGUUUGAUUGGAUUCGUCACCAUUGAAUAGUUACUUUUCAAGCCCAUUUUUGGUGCAUAGUUGAGUGUAUUGGCUGAAAGGUCCACUUAUUAGUAAGUGUGGGUGCAAUGUAGAUUUGGCUAUGUUUAAUACUAUUAAAAGGUGUUCCGGCUGCAAAUGGCAGCUGUCAUUUUUUACCUGUA